AUGGCCGGCCGGGGGAAGCUGAUCGCGGUUCUGGGCGACGAGGACACCGUGACCGGGUUCCUGCUGGGCGGCGUCGGCGAGCUCGACAAGCACCGGCGCCCCAACUUCCUGGUGGUGGAGAAGGAGACGGCGCUGGCCGAGAUCGAGGACGCUUUCCGGUGAGGGGGGGGCGCGGUUGCCGGGGAGACGGCGCGGGAGAGACCAAGGCGCCCACAGGGGCGGGGGGGGCGGGAGAGACCAAGGCGCCCACAGGGGCGGGGGGGGGCGGGAGAGACCAAGGCGCCCACAGGGGCGGGGGGGGGGCGGGAGAGACCAAGGCGCCCACAGGGGCGGGGGGGGGGGCGGGAGAGACCAUUCUGCGGGCACGGGGGGGAUCCUCUUUGUGUGUGUGUGUGUGUGUGUGUGUAGAUAUAUGCAAAUCGGCAAGAACAGAUAUAUAUGUGUGUGUGUGUGUGUGUGUGUGUGUGUGUAUGUAUAUACAGUGGUACCUCGGGUUACAGACGCUUCAGGUUACAGACUCCGCUAACCCAGAAAUAUUACCUUGGGUUACGAACUUUGCUUCAGGAUGAGAACAGAAAUCGCGUGGCUGCAGUGGGAGGCCCCAUUAGCUAAAGUGGUGCUUCAGGUUAAGAACAGUUUCAGGUUAAGAACGCACCUCUGGAAUGAAUUAAGUUCUUAACCCGAGGUACCACUGUAUAUGCAAAUCUGCAAGAACAGAUAUAUAUGUGUGUGUGUGUGUGUUUGUAUAUAUAUAUAUAUUUAUGUAUGUGUAUGUUUAUAUAUAUAUAUGUUUAAAAAGCUCCAUUAUCCGCUUGUUCUCCUUCUCUGAAUUUUAUUGAUGUUCCCCGCCUUUUUCCUCUCCUCCGAGGAGCCCCAUAGGGGCAUUUACAUGGCUCCCCACCCCCCAUCUCAAACAGCCCUGCAAGGGAGGCUGGGCUGAGAGAUGCAGAGGUUGCCCGGCAAGGUCGCCCCCAGUGACCUUGCUUGGCCGUCUGGUGGGAUUCGAACCAAGGGCCUGGUUCUCAUAAAUGUGGCUUGCUUCUGUCAUUGUCUGUUUCCUGUUUCUUACAUUUCAGAUGCUCUGCUGUGCAACAAUGGCCCUUCCCAAAGCAGAAGGGGAAACAGACAGUGGGGAGGGUGGGUCCUGGGCCCUAGAGCUUGUGCAGCCUCGCCCCAGGGGCACGGUUGGCGCUGUGGUCUAAACCACUGAGCCUCUUGGGCUUGCCGAUCAGAAGGUCAGGAGUUCGAAUCCCCGUGACGGGGUGAGCUCCCAUUGUUCAGUCCCAGCUCCUGCCAACCUAGCAGUUCGAAAGCACGUCAAGUGCAAGUAGAUAAAUAGGUACCACUCUGGCAGGAAGGUAAACUGUUUCCAUGCGCUCUGGUUUCCGUCACGGUGUCCCAUUGCGCCAGAAGCAGUUUAGUUUUGCUGGCCACAUGACCCGUGAAACUGUCUGUGGACAAACGCCGGCUCCCUUGGCCUGAAAGCAAAAUGAGCUGCAACCCCAUGGUCGCCUUGGACUGGACUUAACCGUCCAGGGGUCCUUUACCUUUACCUUAUCUUCAGGCAGGGGUCAGCAAACUUUUUCAGCAGGGGGCCGGUCCACUGUCCCUCAGACCUUGUGGGGAGCCGGUCUAUAUUUUGGGAGAAAAAUGAACGACUUCCUACGCCCCACAAAUAACCCAGAGAUGCAUUUGAAAUAAAAGGACACAUUCUACUCUUGUAAAAACACACUGAUUCCCGGACCGUCCACAGGCCGAAUUUAGAAGGCAAUUGGACCGGAUCCAGCCCCCGGGACCUUAGUUUGCCUACCCAUGCCUUAGGCUGAUGCCACGCGUAGUUUAGGGAUGGCAUAUGAAUCCAGGCCGCUGAGUGCAACCCAACAAAAGCCGACCAUAUUUACACUCCACUGCAAUUUCGUGGUACUUUCCACAGCUUGCGUUGCAGUCAUUGCAGAGCAACGUUGCCUCCUGAAGUCUGUGAUUCCUGCAUUGGACUAGACCAGAGGUUCCCAACCUUUUUUGACCAUGCCCCACCUAAGCAUCUCUAAAAUCCUGAUGCCCCCCACCCCAUGACACAUAAUUCUUAUUAUUCGAAAAGCGAAUUCCUAUUCACGUGGAGGAAGCUUGAAAGGCCAGUCACUGUUAAUAACUCAUUCUCGAAUUGCCCCUCUUAAAAAUCGAAUAUUUAUGUCCCAACCCUGCAAGUCUAAGCCCCUUGGCUGCAAUCUUUCUGUUGAUCUUGAAUGGCCGCCUUUUGUGGACAUGCAGGCAUGUCCAACAGGUGGAUCAUGAUCUAAUGGUGGAUCACUGGUUGAUCAUUGGCUCCCCUAAAAGAAGCUCAGCCACUUUGCCCUGCACCCCAAAAAGGAGGGUAGAUCACUGCCAGUUUUUAACUCUGUGAGUAGAUCGCAGUCUCUUGGGAGUUGGCCACUCCUGGUGUACAGCAAAGGGAACGGGUGGCUUUCUUUCUCCCCCCACCCCUUUCCGGAAGAAGCUGGGUUCAGGCAGUGCUCUGUUUACACACAAACACCCUGUCCCAGCCAGGCCCUUCGGAUCCGGCCGCAGCCGCCCUCCACCAGCCCUCUCUGCUCCCUGGCACCCAACGAAGGACCUGCCUGCUCUUCUGUGACCUUGAGGAAGCUCCUUGCAGCGGAUCCUUCUGUUGGAUGUGCCCUUUCCAGACCCAGGGGGCUGGUGGCUCUGUGGCAGGCAAUUUAUCCAACCUUGGCCGGUGCAUACGAAGCAGGGAAGCCUUACGGGAUGUGUGGUGUGUAAAUAGGCCCACCAACAAGAAGUAGCAAUAAGAAAAGAAGAAAUGUAAUAAUAUCGGAAUUAGCCCCAUAGGUUAUACACCGUACAUAUGAACUGUAUAUGUUGCACAUACUGGAAUAGACCUUUAUGAUAGCAAAUAACCAGUAAAUUUUUUCACAGUUGUUAUCAUUCAGCCUGUUGCGCUUUGUGUAUUGUGACAACUGUAUUUGCUUAGCAAGGACUCAAUCUCCCAUCAGCCCCAGCCAGUUGCUAGGGAUUAUGGGAGUUUUAGCCCAUGCAAGCAGGAGUUGUGUUGGUACUGCACCUCACAGCCCAUAAUCUCCCUGCCUGCCACCCUCUCUGUUCCUGAACUUGCAAUGGGGCAGGGUCCACUUCUGAGAUUGUCCCUCCUUCAAUCCAGCGUGGGUUCUGCGCUGGUCUUGUGGAAUCGUAGAGCUGGAAUGGAGCCUGAUGGUCCUCUAACCCCCUGAAGUUGUUGUUAUUGUUGCAGAUUACACAAUAAUAAUGAAAUAAGAAUUUAUUAUUUAUACCCCACUCAUCUGACUGCAUUUCCCCAGCCACUCUGAGCAGCUUCCAGCAAAAUAUUGAAAUACAAUAAUUCAUCAAAUAUUAAAAGCUUCCCUAAACAGGGCUGCCUUCUAAAAGUCUGGUAGUUGUUUUUCUCUUAGACAUCUCAUGGGAGGGUGUUCCACAGGGCGGGAGCCACCACUGAGAAGGCCCUCUGCCUGGUUCCAUGCAACCUCACUUCUCACAGGGAGGGAACCACCAGAAGGCCCUCGGCGCUGGACCUCAGCAUCCGGGCAGAACGAUGGGGGUGGAGACACUCCUUCAGGGAUACAGGACUGAGGCCGUUUAGGGCUUUAAAGCACCAACACUUUGAAUUGUGCUCGGAAACGUACUGGGAGCCAGUGUAGGUCUUUCAGGACCGGUGUUAUAUGGUCUUGGCGGCCUCUCCCAGUCACCAGUCUAGCUGCCGCAUUCUGGAUUAGUUGUAGUUUCCGGGUCACCUUCCAAGGUAGCCCCAAGUAGAGCGCAUUGCAGUAGUCCAAGCGGGAGCUAACUGGCGAGACAGUCUGCGGGCAGGUAGGGUCUCAUCCUGCGUAGCAGAUGGAGCUGAUAAACAGCUGCCCUGGACACAGAAUGGACCUGCGCCUCCAUGGACAGCUGUGAGUCCAGAAUGACUCCCGGGCUGUGCACCUGGUCCUUCAGGGGCACAGUUACCCCAUUCAGGACCAGGGAGUCUUCCACACCUGCCUGCCUCCUGUCCCCCAAAAACAGUACAGUAGUACCUCGGGUUAAGAACUUAAUUCGUUCUUAACCUGAAACUGUUCUUAACAUGAAGCAUCACUUUAGCUAAUGGGGCCUCCCGCUGCUGCCGCGCCACUGGAGCACGAUUUGUGUUCUCAUCAUGAAGGAAAGUUCUGAGGUACUAUUUCUGGAUUAAUGGAGUCUGUAACUUGAAGCGUCUGUAACCCGAGGUACCACUGUACUUCUGUCUUGUCAGGAUUCAACCUCAAUAUGUUCGCCGCGAUGCAACGCUUUGAGAUAUAAAUGGGACAACGUUUGCCCCUUGUCUGCUGUUGCAACCGGCUCCAGGUACCAGUCACCCAGCCGGCCUGGCGGCUGUCUCCUGGUCCCCAGAGAGUACUAGGGACACCCCUUUGGGGCAGGCCAGCAGUGACCCUCUUUUGUUCUGCCCUUCCCUAUCCUCAGGAGCUUCCUGUGCCGCGACGACAUUGGCAUCGUCCUCAUCAACCAGUACAUUGCGGAGAUGAUCCGGCACGCCAUCGACGCCCACACCAAGUCCAUCCCGGCGGUUCUGGAAAUCCCCUCUAAGGAGCACCCUUACGAUGCCUCCAAAGACUCGAUCCUGCGCCGCGCCAAGGGAAUGUUCUCCGCUGAGGACCUGCGGUAG